AAGCAAGCAAGAACACGAAAGUGCACCAGCGGCAUCGAGUAGAUAGUGUGUCAGGUUGUCUUCAGCUAGAAGAGCCAUGGCGUCCAUGCAGAAGAGCCACGACCACGAGGAGCGCGCGCAGUCCGCGGCGCAGAAGGCCGGCGAGACGAAGGACGCGGUGGCGGACAGAGCGCGGGGCGCCAUGGACGCCGCCGCGGACAAGGCGCGUGCGGCGGCGGACAUGGCCGCAGAUAGUAAGGCGGGGGACGCUGGGUCGAAGGAGGACGACGUGAUGCUGCGGGUGAAGGAGGCGGACCAGAUGACGGGGCAGGCGUUCAACGACGUCGGCCCCAUGGGCGAAGAGGGCACUGGCAUGCCACGGCGACGGCGCUAGCUACCAACCUGCGUUCCAUGGAGACGCCGUUCUAGCUCUGAUGGCCGCUGGAUCGGAGCUGGCUGACCUGGCCGACGUUGUGCUUCAUGUAAAAGUACAAACAAAGGUAUAAAAGAACUACCAUAAAUAAAGAGACGCGACGGAUCUCCUCUUCUCCCUGAAGUUCAUAUAUACAAUAACACAAACUGCAUACUAUUUUGGUUUUUGCA